AUGUUUGUCAAGCUGAGGAUUUCAAGAUUUAGCACACUGGUCAAGGCAGUCCCUGAACAAAUGGUCCGUGUGUUAAAUGUUGCUGAAAAGAAUGAUGCCGCAAAGUCUCUCGCUAAUAUGCUGUCACAGGGACGCUGCAGGAAGCGAGAAGGUUUCUCCAAGUUCAACAAAAUCUAUGAAUUUGAGUACAGGCUGAUGAACCAGCAAGUCACCAUGGCAAUGACCUCUGUCUCUGGACAUCUCUUAGGCCUGGAUUUUGUUGGGACAUUUAAGAAAUGGAACAGCUGUAACCCUGUGGAUUUGUUUAGUGUUCCAGUGGAGAAGUACUGCCCUCCUAAUUAUCUGGAUAUAAAGAGAACACUAGAGCAGGAGGUCAGAGGGUGUCAGUCUCUCAUCAUAUGGACAGAUUGUGAUCGGGAAGGAGAAAAUAUUGGUUUUGAAGUUAUUCAAGUUUGCCAAGCAGUGAAACCAAAUAUCAAAGUCUAUAGAGCCAAGUUUUCAGAGAUCACCCCACAGGCUGUAGCGAGGGCAGUGAACAAUUUAAUAGCACCAGAUGCCAGGGUGAAUGCAGCUGUUGAUGUGCGGCAAGAGCUGGAUCUUCGGAUAGGUGCAGCUUUCACACGCUUUCAAACUGUUCGAUUGCAGAAGAUCUUCCCGCAAGCAUUAGCGGAGCAGCUGGUCAGUUACGGCAGCUGUCAGUUCCCAACUCUGGGUUUUGUUGUAGAGAGAUAUAAACAGGUGCAGGAGUUCAUUCCAGAACCAUUUUGGAAACUGAAAGUAACUCAUAAGCAUGAUGAUGUGAAGUCAGAGUUUUCUUGGAAGAGGAACCGCCUUUUUAACUUUUUAGCUUGCCAGGUGCUCUAUGACCAGUGUGUUGAGAACCCUCUAGCAACAGUUGUUGAUGUAAAGAGCAAGAGUAAGAGCAAGUGGAGGCCAGUAGCCCUGGAUACUGUGGAAAUGGAGAAGCUGUCCUCAAGAAAACUGAAGAUCAGUGCUAAAGAAACAAUGAAGAUUGCAGAAAAACUGUACACCCAGGGCUUCAUUAGUUAUCCCAGAACAGAAACUAACAUUUUUCCCAAGGAUCUAGACUUAGUUUCUCUUGUAGAAGAGCAAACAAGGGAUCCAGAUUGGGGAGCUUUUGCUCAGAAUGUGCUGAAUAAUGGGCCCACCCCAAGAAAUGGAACAAAAACCGAUCAAGCCCAUCCUCCGAUUCAUCCUCUCAAGUACACAGACAACCUGCAGGGAAAUGAGAGAAAGGUGUAUGAAUUUAUCGUGCGCCACUUUCUGGCCUGUGUGUCCCAGGAUGCCCAGGGACAUGAAACUGUUGUGGAAAUCGAUAUUGCAGAAGAAGGGGCAAGUCACUUUUGUAGUCUCUGUUGUUUUACAACUCAGGGCUUGAUGAUCCUGGCCAGAAAUUACCUUGAGGUGUAUCCCUAUGAGAAAUGGAAUGCAAAGGAAAUUCCACUGUACAGACAAGGUGACCAGUUUGAGCCUAAUUCAAUUGAGAUCAUUGCUGGAGAAACAAGUGCUCCCCCUUUGUUGACAGAAGCAGAUCUCAUUGCCCUGAUGGAAAAGCACGGAAUUGGCACAGAUGCCACUCAUGCAGAUCACAUUGAGACUGUGAAGUCUCGCAUGUAUGUGGGUCUCAGACCUGAUGGGAGAUUCGUUCCUGGUCAUCUAGGCAUGGGUCUUGUUGAAGGCUAUGACAGCAUGGGUUAUGAAAUGUCCAAACCAAACCUGCGGGCUGAGCUGGAGGCAGAUCUGAAACUGAUAUGUGAAGGAAGGAAAACAAAAGAAGAAGUGUUGAGUGUGCAGAUUCAGAAAUACAAGGAGGUCUUUAUUGAGGCAUGUCGACAGGCCCAGAAAUUGGAUGAAGCCUUGUCUCAGUACCUUGGCCAGGCUCAGUCUCUCCCGGAUAAUGUGGGGGAGACAGAUAACAUCCCGAGCGUGGUGAUGACUUGUCCUAGAUGUGGAAAUCCAAUGACACUCCGAACAAAAAAAGAUGGAAAAGGAUUUUACAUCGGGUGUUCUGGAUAUCCAAACUGCAAAGCCAGCAUUUGGCUGCCAGAUUUUGUUGUGCAAGCCCAUGUCACAGAUGAGCCUUGCCAUAUUUGCCAGCCGGGGCCGGUCAAGAAAUUGCAGUUCACAUUUAGACCUGGAAAUGUUCCUGUGUCAAUGUCCAAUGUUUUCACUGGCUGUGUGGCUGGAUGCGAUGAGAUGUUAAAUGAAACUCUGAGGAUUCGACCACUUUCUGGUCAUGGUGCUGCAGUGCCAAGAACAGACAUCACUGUCAUUAGUCCCAGAAGUAACAGUGCUGGUAGAGGCAGCAACAGUAGUAGUGGUAACACAACCAACCAUACUGGUGGCAGUGCUGGACAGUUAUCUGGUGCAGACUCUUCAGGAACCAGUUCUACAAGAAACUUUCACACUUCUGCUGCUGAUGCAAUGAGCCAUAACAGAGGAUUUCCCAGUGAAGUCAGACCACUGAAUCCCCGACAGAAUGUUGCUCCCGGUGGAAGCUGGAACAUCCCUCAAAAUCUGGGUGUGGCUCAAUCUUUCAGUCCCAGGGUCAAUCCCCAGCCUUCUCAGUUUCCUAGAGCUUCAAACUCUAAUAGGUACCCUUUGACUUCUGUAAAUUCACGAAUGGACAGUAGUAGAAGAAAUAUGUUCUCAUCUCCUUCAGUACCAAGGGCUGGCAGUAGUUCGAGUACUGGCAAUAGUUCGGGUACUGGCAAUAUUUCAAGGGCUGGCAAUAGUUCGGGUACUGGCAAUAGUUCGGGUACCGGCAAGGAGAUAGUUUGUAGCUGUGGCAAUGAUGCUGUUAUCCUGACUGUCAGGAAAGAGGGACCUAACACAGGUCGCCAGUUCUACAAGUGCUCGGGACAGAAUGGAACAAAUUGCAAUUUUUUCCUUUGGGCUGAUGAGAAUGAGCCCCAGCAGCCAACUACAAGUGACAAUACAAGAGAUAUAUACAACAGAAACAGCUUCAACCAUCCCCAACACCGUCCAGGCAGUAGACCAUCUACAAGCGAGGCAGUUGAAGUACAGUGCAAAUGCGGGCUCCCAGCAAAAUUCUUAACUGUUCAAAAACAAGGCCCUAACAAUGGCAGACAAUUUUAUGGAUGCAGCAAGCCACGAGAUCAGUCUUGUAACUUUUUCCAGUGGGCAGAUGAAAGUACUGCAACAAGUGACUCGGGACCAGCGCCAUUUCAGCCCAGAGUGGGAGUAGCGCCCAACCGAAAACGGUCAGCAGCAUCUGACAAUGAGGGUGGCCCGAGACAGAGAAAACCUCCUACUUGUGGACUUUGUGGGCAGCCAGGUCACAGAAAGAACAAAUGCCCGGAGAGAUCAGACAGGUUCUAG